UGCACUGCGCAGGCGCACGGCGCACCAACCGGCCGUUGGAGUAGUCAUGGACCGGGAGCUGUUACUGCGGAGGGUGUCGGUGUUACAGGCCUGCAUCCGAGGCUUCUUGGUCCGGCGACAGUUCCAGAGCCUGCGAGCUGAGUAUGAGACGGUUGUUCAAGAGAUCGAGGGCGACCUGGGCACUCUUCAGUGGACCGAGGGCUGGAUCCCCAGGCCCCGGUUCCUCCCAGAGGCAAAAUCUCAUCAUUCCUGGAAAGCAAGAGAGAGGGUGCAAAAUCUAGAGCAUGAACUAUGUAAAGAAUCUGAGAAAAGGGUCUUCUGGGAAAAGAUGCUUAAGAAGCCAGGAGAGAAUUCAGCAGAUCCACAAAGUCUUCCCUGCAGAAAUGACAGCCCCUGGCUUCUGGCUGAGCAGAGGAAGAAAACCAGAAAACCUAGCCAAGAGAAAACGAGAGAUAUCUCAGUCUCCAGGCUGGAGAACCCAGAAGCCAUAGGUCCAGGACUGCCGCAGUAUGAGCUUCAGGAACUCCAGUACCACCAAAGCCACUUGGCCAUGGAACUGUUGUGGCUACAACAGGCCAUCAACAGCCGGAAGGAGUACCUAAUUCUUAAACAAACACUGAGUUCUCCAGAAAAAGACCAGAACAGAGAUAAGCCCAGCUUGUGUCCACACCAGGGGCAACAAGCCUAUGAGAAGGUCUGGUCACAACCAAGCCCACUGCUGGAGGACCCAUCCUACAGUGACUGGACCAUGGGAGAGCUGGACUAUGACCCCUGCAAGAGAGAUAAAUCCUCAGAAAGUCAGAUCACUGCAAACAAAACCGCUGCUGGGGUGAAAGCAGGCAGCUGUAGUGGGGCUGGACCACAGCUCUUACACCUCCAGCCAGCCAGGCUGAAGGGAACAGGUUUGCCCAAGGGCCAGACCUUGGUGGAUAGGCCUUUGAAGAGCUCUUCCUGCAGCGGAUGAAGCUCCCAGAGGAUCAGACCUUCAGGGGCCUCAAAUCUAGGAGCCCCUGUUUCAGGAAGGCUAGAACACAGCUGCCUGUGGUCUGUCAGGAUCCACAUAUCAAGGACAAGUCUUCCAGAAGGUCAAACCACAAAGUGACUGACUACCAAAGAGCCAGACUACAGAGGACAGGCCUCUCAAACGACCCAUAGGAAUCUGCAGGGCAGAUUUCUUGGCAGGGCUGGAGCACGGGAGCCAGUAAUAGAUGGUCCAGAGAUGGAACCUCCAGUGCACUGAGAGUACUAGAGGGCUGCACCGUGAAGGUGAAGGCCACCUGAAAACCUAUCUUCCAACCAUCCAGAACCAGUCUAGACAGAAAAGGAUCCAUAGGAGGGCAGGUCAUGGAAAGCGGGAGCACCAGGCUAGACAAGGGGAACCAUGGGAGGAGCAGGUUCAACUUGAGAGUGUGAUGAGGAAAACAGGCCCUCAUCCUGCCUUCCUGGUACCAGCUUUACCUCCUGCCUCAGUCCUCAGCCAUAUGGCUAAUGAGUUCAAGAGGAGCUGCAAGAGAGAGCUGGCCAGAAUGCAAGGAGGAUGAGGGGCCCCCUUUCAUCCCCAAAUUUCAGGUGAAAUUCCCAGGAGAAAACAGUGGGAGGCUUGGAGGAUAAUAAAGGUUUUUCUUGGA